AUGCAGCGCAUCAUCGAGAAGUCCGGAGAGCACAUUUUUGACGGUGCCGGUGAGCCGCAUUUGGAGAUCUGUCAGAAGGAUCAAGCACGACUACGAUGUGACCGAGUCCUGGCGAAUUAUGAAUUGGAUGAGUCGUCCUCCAAAAAGGCUUUCCUAAAUCUCUUUGGCAACGGCGAUGAUGCCAUGGAAAAGGAAUUUGAGACCGAGAGCGAGGAAGAGGAGGAUGCCGAGGUUGGCUACCUCACGAUCAAUACUAACAACUUCCAAUGCGCUGAGUGCGAGUUCCCCACAAGGUUCCCCAAUCACAUGAAGGAACCCACGCUGAACGAGCACGGCCAACAGCGUGCCCGCAUAUACAGCUGUCCCAUGACAAAGGAUAACAAGGGAAAGUCGAAGGAGUCGGAAGCCGAUCCAAAGCCAAAGGAGCCAAAGGCGCAGACUGAGACGCCAAAGGUGCCUGAGACUCAGACGCAGAAACAAAAGCCAAAGGAAGUACAGCCGAAGGCCAAAAAGCCAGAAGCGGUAACGGAGAGCAAGUCUAAGAAGAAGCCAACAGAGGUGGAGACAGAAAAAGAAAAAGUAGUAAGCCAGGAGAAGUCGGGUGACACCCAGGACCCCAAAGUCGCCCUCCUUAAGCCCAAGGACAUGUCAAUAGAGUCAGAAGAGAAAACAGUGCUCAGCCAAGAGAAAGCAGUUGAGCACCACGUUCUUCAUAGCGAUGGUGCCGAGGUGGGCAAGUACAGCAAGCGAAAGAUACUGCAAGAAGAGGAUGAGGAAGUUGAUAUUGAGGGUAGUUUUCAGAAGGAGGAGAAGAUUAUAAAGAUUAUAAAAGUCGCCCAGUCUAAGGUUGGUGGGCUCAUGUCCGCUCCGCUUUCGCCCGUUAAGAAGGCAAAGAAAGGCAAAACAAGCCCCCUAGAUGUUUCUGGGGUCACCACAAAUGGUGAAUCUCCCGCCAAGCGCAAAAAGCAUGUCAAAUCCGAGGACACAUCCUCCAUUUCUGACGUGUCUCAACUGUCAACUGUCAACAAAAAGGCCCGGCUGGAGUCCGUUGGCGACUCCACUACCGACGAGUCCGCACUCAGCUGCGACCAGUGCGGGAAGUCUGUCGGCUCGCGUCAACGUCCGGACUCGCACAUUCAGAAGAAGCACAUCUCCCAGUUGAAGAGCUCAAAGUGCCAGGAUGUCUUCAUCAAACUGCUACACUAUGUGAGCCACUUUUGGGAUUGUUUGACCGACAACGGAUUUUUUUGCGGCGUGGACAAGUGCACGAAGGUCUUCAAGUUCUUCUAA